UUUUCAAAAAAUCAACUAAAAGUUAAUUUCGCAAAUUAAUAAAUUGAAAAAAUCAACAAGCUAACAAAUAAUUAAUAAUUCAACAUCAUUAACAAAUACAAACUGAUGAAAGAUUAGAAGGGAGAUAAAUCUGUUGAAAUUACAGUGCUUGUUGAACUAUUUUCAACAUUUUUUGAAAAAAUUACUUUCGUCCAUCCUGACAAAGAAAUAUUAAUGAAGAAUUUAUCAAAAUUCAAAAAUUUUUUAUAUGGAAAUCAAUAAAAUUUAGAAAAAGGAUAUGAGUUCUUAUAAAGCAUGAAGGAAUAGUAUCAGUAGUACUUAGUUGAAAAUUAGUCAACUGCCUCUGCAAGUAAUUAAAAUGGAUCUAAUCUUGCUUCAAAUAAUCCAUUGACAAAUUAGGGAACCACUUAAUAAAGUUUUUAGCAAUAUCAACAAUAAUAUAAUGCUUAAUAGCGUUCAUAAUAGGAAUAAUAAAGACAACAAAUUUAAUAGGCAACUAGUUCGUAUUAAAAUCCAUCUAUAGCAGCUUAAAAUAAUAUAGUAAAGACAUUUAAAUUUGACUUAUCUUCGUUAAAUGAAAAUGCCAACCUCUUUAAAAUUUAAUCGAUAUAAGACUUCUCAGGAGUAAGAGGAGAAGGCAUAAACCCAAAAAUUGCAUUAAGUGGUAGCUCCUUCAAUUAUAUCAGAGAAUUUGUGUCAGAAGUAAAUGCAUUUUAUAGAUGCAUAGGCUUUAGAUAUCUUGAGUAAUUAAUUAAAAGUUAAAAUUUAGCAAAGCUACAAGACAUAUUAAAGAGUGUGUAGAGUAAGAAAAUUGUGCUAGAAUAAUACUAUAGAGAAUAGACAUCUAUUGAAAAUGAUGCAGAAGAGAAUAUUGCUAGAUAGUAAAAUAAUGAUUAUUUGAGAAACACAUUUUGCGGUUAUUUAGAAUAUAUCAUAGAAAGCUUAAAAAAAGAUAAAAGCUCUGCUGAACUUUAAGAAAUUUUAUACAAAAUAGUCAACGGAGACAGUGCUUUUGAUACUGCUUUAAUUAGCUUUAUUAAGGAAUAAUCUGUUAGAUUUAUCUAAGAAUCUGAUCCUCUAUACAUCGAUUUCUUACUUUCAAGCUAAGAAUUAAAAAAUGAUAAAGAAUUAAUCCAGCAUAUUCGCUCUUAAGAUGAACCACUAGAAAUUACAAUUAAAAUAGUUGCUCUUGCUCUUGAAACAUUAAUUAAUAUUUAUACAAUAGAAAAUAAUAAUGCUCUCACUAAAAAAGAUUAUAAAUUUAAUUCCCUUCCAGAAUCCAGCAACAUUACUUUGGAUUUACUCAAAAUUAAGCAACCCUAUAUAAUUUACUAUCUAAUUUAUAAUCAGCUAGAAGGAUAGUAGUUAGUUCGUGUUUCUUCUCAAGCAUUUAUUAAUCAACAAUAAACCUUAUAGUAAUAAUAAGAGUCUUAGUAAAAUGAAUAAAAUAUAUAUGGUUAAAAACCUAGACAGCAGAAUAGUGUACAAACUAAUAAAGCUAAUCUUGCUUAAAAUAAUGCAGAAGUCAGACCUUCAUAAAUUGAAGACUUGAAAGUAAGAGGUGGCUAUCUAAAGAAAAUGCUUAAAAUGUUUGAUGAUAAUACAGAAGAUUUGAUAAAUAAAUUAAGUAGUUUCAAAGAUGGAAUGAAUGAAGAUGAAGAAGAUGAAUAAGAUGAAGAAAAUAUUGAAAAAGUUCUCAAAGAAUAAAUUAAUUACAGUAAAUCAAGAGCCCUUAAUUUUUACAGUAACAUUUAAACUUAAGAUAGAGGUUAAAACUGGGUAAAUGAUGGAAUUAGCAAUUAAUGA